AUUCACAAUAUACAUUAAGAUCUAUAUAUGAAUUAAUUCAGUAAAAAUUUUGCCAGUUAAACUUAGAAAUUCAAUCAAUAAAAGCUGAAGUUAAUAAGAUAAAAGAAGAAAAUAAUAGUUAUAAAGAAGAGAUGAAGAUAAUUGGUUACAAGAUACAAAAAUUAGAAGAAAAUUAUAAAAAUAACGAAAAGAUAAAAGAAAUCAAACAAUUUAUUAACGAAGAAUUAGGUCUAAAAAAUAUAGAAAUUGAAGGACUAGUUCAACUUAAAAAUAGUAAGAAUAACCUAAUAAUAAAAGUAAUUCUGGAAUCUGUAAAAGAUAGAAAUUUAGUUCUCAAAAGAUUUUGGACUUUGAAACCAAAAAUUGUUAAUGAAACCGAGAAAAAAAUAAUAAUUACAACGGAUUUGUGUAUUAGAUCAAGAAUUAGAAGAAAAAAACUACAGGAUCAAAUUAAAGUGGAAAAAACUACUAAAAAUAAAAUAUUAAUAAGAGAUGAUUACUAUAUUAAGGAUAAUAUAAUAUAUACAAUUGAUAUGAAUACAAACAAGAUUCUUCAAAUGGAUUGUUCUCUUAGAAAUACACAGACGAUUAAAAAGAACAGGACUGACAAGAGAAUCAUACCGAAUUAAGUUUAUAUUCCUCUAAUAAGAAAACAGUAAUUGAAAACAAUUGUAAUAAAAGCUUAGUAAAACUGGAAAAUAGUAAAGUAAAAGUAAAGGAAAAAAUGUUAGUAAUGUAAUGGUAGUA